AUGCGUAACCUGGACGCGCCCAGACUGUGCAGCGGCACUAGGUUACGCAUCGCGGAGCUGAGACGGCACAUCGUCCAGGCCACCAUUCUUGCUGGAGGGGCCAAAGGAGAGACAGUAUUGAUACCUAGAAUCCCUAUAAUACCCACAAACUUACCCUUCCAGUUCAAAUGCCUACAAUUUCCUAUAAAUGUGGCUUUCUCUAUUACAAUAAAUAAAAGUCAAGGGCAAACUUUAAAAGUAGCCGACAUUCACCUGGGCACCCCCUGCUUCUCCCACGGACAACUGAACGUGGGUUGCUCGCGUGUGUCGGGAGCAAGAAAUCUUUUUAUUUACGCAGAAAACAAGAAGUCCCGCAAUGUUGUUUACCGAGAUGUGCUGUAG